GAUCAAGAGUUAAGUUAACAUGUAAUUUGUACCCUGCACAACAUGAAAACUUGCAGUUACCUUAAACACUUGGCCUAUGAGGUGACAUAUGUGCCUGAAUUCACAUUUGUUGAUGACAAGGUAAAGGAUAAUGUUCGAAUUGUGAUAUAAUACCAUUCAUGUGUCAUUUAUUCAAUGACUUAAGCGGUCUAGAUUGUAAAUUGUGGGUGCAAUUGCUACCACAUCAUAAAACUACACAUUGAUAUUCUCCAAUUUGUUGUUUUUUCAUCUUUCUUCAAUUGACAUGAUUCUAGUUCUUUAAUCUCUCUAAGUUCAUGUUCAUUUGGACCUAUAACUUUGUAGAGUUUAAUCAUCUGAACUUGAAUGUUGAGCCUAUUUAUCGGGAUGCUUGUGGUCCUUUGUGAUGCAUGAGAACUCUCACUUAUUGUUAAGUUUUACGGAGUUCAUUUGUCCUAGAAAACAUACACCUUGAAGUUUAUUGUUUUGCAUGAGUGUGUUUCUAGUGUGGUUCAUUCAUGUUUGUUAAAGACUGCUAAUAUCAGCUUACUGCAGAUAAUUAAGCGAGAAAAUGUGAUCAGUGAGGAUCCUUUGAUGUUAAGUAACCGUUUACUCACUUCUCAUUGUUGAUGCUAUUAUUAUAGUUUAGCUCUUUAACUUGGGAAUAAAAAUUAUUCAAAUCGAUCAGGAACGAGAAGUACAGAGUAAAAGGAAAAAAUCCUGGGUUUUAUUUUUUAUUGUUAAGCGGUAAAAAACUGCCUGCAAUCUCCAGGUGAAACAUGAAUGAGGUUGCAGAUUUUGAUAAACUUAGAUUUCUAAAGUAGUUGAUUCAUAUUUGCUAGGAAGCAUAUUUAGUUUGAGGUUGCAUGUCACUUUCUUUACUGUCAUUUUAAAAAAAGGAUAUGAAGCUUCCCUUUAAAAUGUUUGUGGCGCUUUUGUACCACUGCUAAUUCAUGUCAUAAAAUAGCAGUUUUUGUCUAAAUGUGAUUUGGGAAAUUUCCCAAGCAAAGCCAAACAUGAAUCAUUCCAACUGGAACUAACCUUGCAAUAAAAUUUUUAAUAUUGCCACGAGUUCCUAAACAAUGCAUCAAUAGUUCAAUACCUUUCGGUUAUAUAUAUUUUUUUUAAGUUUAUAAUAAUAUCACAGAAAGUCCGGAUCUGAUAGAAUCAUGGGUUUGAAACUCCAAAAUAUUCCACACAUGCCAUGCAAUUCCAAUUUCCUUUGUAGACUAUUUGCAUAUUCAAAUAUUGGUUGGCUGAAUUUGAAGCAAGCAUUAUUAAUACUUAUGAGUAAUGCCCGCCUGGUUUAUUCUAAAUCUCAGCUCAAAACUUAGAAAGCAUCUCUAUAUAACUUUGUUUACAUUGAUGCAUUUUUAUAAGCAAUAAUUCAUUGAUAUUUCUUCUAUGUUUUUUAUUCUUCGAGUUUAUAAUAUAAACAGAUCCAAACAAUUGAGGCUAGAAGACAUAAACAUCAGUUUCAAACUCCUAACUCUUUCCCUGAUCAUACCAUGGAGUCCCAAUCUUACUUUCUUGUUAUUACUUCACUCAUAUUCACUCUGCUUUGGCUUGCACAGAUUUAUAAGCAGAAAAUCAAAGUGACAAGCACUGCGGUUCAUAAACUGCCACCGGGGCCAUGGAAGCUGCCUCUAAUAGGGAACCUUCAUCAAAUGGCAGCAGCAGGAUCACUUCCACACCAUUCUUUACGAGAGCUAGCCAACAAAUAUGGACCUCUGAUGCAUCUUCAACUUGGUGAAAGUUCUACAGUGGUUGUAUCAUCUCCGGAUAUGGCCAAGGAGAUAAUGAAGACACAUGGUCUUGCUUUUGCGCAGAGGCCAGAACUCCUUUCUCCCAAAAUUUUGGCCUAUGGAUCAACUGAUAUUGCCUUUGCUCCAUAUGGUGAUUACUGGAGACAGAUGAGGAAGAUAUGUACAUUGGAGCUUCUGAGCGCCAAAAGGGUUCAGUCUUUCUCCUUUAUUCGAGAAGAUGAGGUGGCUAAGCUCAUACAAUCCAUUCACUUGUCUGCAUCUGCUGGUUCACCAUUCAAUCUUUCUAAGAGUGUUUUCUCUUUGGUGAACACCUUUCUUUCAAGGGUUGUGUUUGGUAAAAAAUCUGAAUGUGAAGAUGAACUUUUGUCCUUGAUCAAGAAAGCAGUGGAACUGACUGCAGGUUUUGAUGUUGCUGAGUUGUUCCCAUCAUUUAAACCGCUUCAUCUCAUAACACGGAUGGAAGCUAAAUUGGAGAACAUGCACAAGAAGUUGGACAAGAUUUUCGACAGCAUUGUCAAUGAGCAUCAAUCAGACCAUGGAAAGGGUGAAAAUCUUGUUGAUGUUCUUCUGCGCAUGCAACAUAGUGGCAAUCUCUAUAUCCCAAUCACAGUCAACAACAUCAAAGCCGUGAUAUGGGACAUAAUCGCUGCAGGGACUGAUACAUCAGCAACUGCACUGGAGUGGGCUAUGGCAGAGCUGAUGAAAAAUCCUAGAGUGAGGGAGAAGGCACAGGCUGAAUUAAGAGAAGCUUUCAAGGGAAAGAAAACUAUUAACGAGACUGACCUAUGUAAACUUAGUUACUUGAAGUCUGUGAUCAAAGAAACCUUGAGGUUACACCCGCCUGCUCCUUUAUUGGUCCCAAGAGAGUGCAGGGAAGCAUGCAAGAUUGGUGGAUAUGAAAUACCUGUUAAGACCAAAGUGAUAGUAAAUGCAUGGGCACUUGGAAGAGAUCCCAACCAUUGGUAUGAUGCAGAGAAGUUUAUACCUGAAAGGUUUCAUGAGACAAGUGUUGAUUUUAAAGGGAAUAACUUUGAGUACAUCCCUUUUGGGGCAGGAAGGAGAAUAUGUCCAGGCAUUUUACUUGGCUUAGCUAAUAUUGAGCUUCCUCUUGCUGCAUUUCUCUACCACUUCGAUUGGGCACUCCCCAAUGGUAUGAAAUCAGAGGACUUGGAUAUGAUAGAAACUGGAGCUGCAGUAGGGAGGAAAAAUAACCUGUAUUUGAUUCCAACUCCAUAAAUAUUUCCGUUCAUCCUUAUGUCAAUGCCAAUUAAACCUCUUAUUUCCUCCUUCUUUUUCCAUUUCAUUCUUGUAAAGUUUGUCGAGUAACAUAGAGGUAGUGACAGCCACAUUUGUGCUUAAUGAAUUGAGGAUGGUUUGGUCAAUAUUUUAUUUUCAAGUACUACUAUUGGUGGAAACUAGGUGCAGAGCACCGGUGCUCCCUUAUUAAGAACCGUUCGAUCGAAGAAUCUAAUAAUAUUCUUUA